AUGGCUGUUGAGCACAUUGACACGGAGGUUUCUAAGAUAGAGAGAGCUACUCGAAUGGACAUGGAGAGGAAAGAGUCUGACAAGUAUGAGCUUGAGAAUGCAGAAAUUGAUUCCAAUAGCUUCCGCAACCUGAGCUUCGAUGGAGAAGUCGAGCCUGGGCUCCAUGCGCGCACAUACAUUGCCUUGGCCGCCAUGGUCUUGUUGAACUACGUCCAAAUUCUGGCCCUUCAGGGCCCUCCUGUCGUGCUCACGUUCAUCGGAACUGACCUUGGCAACACAGCAGUCCAGACAUGGGUCCCGAAUGCCUUGGUGCUCGUUCAGGCAGUAUUGGGACCCAUCAUAUCCAGUGCCUCAGAUAUAUUUCAGGUGCGCAAGCCGCUGAUGGUUGGCUCUUGCGUCCUUGCCUUUAUUGGUGCAGCCAUCGCACCGGGUUCCAGCAACAUCUACCGGCUGAUCGGUGCCAACAUCUUGAUCGGGUUCGGUUUUGCGACUGUCCCUUUGGCAUAUAGCGUUCCGAGCGAGAUUCUGCCUCGACGGUGGCGUCCAAUCGCCCAAGCGAUGACCAAUGCUGCGGCUCUCCUGGCCUGUGUGUCUGGGCCUCUCGUCAUAGGUACACUGACACAACGCAAUGCGCAUACAGGAUGGCGCAUCUACUAUUGGAUCCAAACUGGAAUUUGGGGUCUUACAGCGCUCGGGCUUUUUGUGGGCUAUCAUCCUCCCAAGAGACAUGCCGCGUUGGACAACAUCUCCAACAGGCGGAAGUUAGGCCAUCUUGACCUCAUUGGAUGCGGCCUUCUUGCUCUUGGUCUCACACUUUUUCUCACCGGCACCAGCCUUGGGGGUAGCAUAUAUUCGUGGACUAAUGCUCGCGUCCUGGCGACCUUGAUACCAGGAGUUCUCGGUCUUGUGGCUUUCGGGCUUUAUGAAUGGAAAGGAACACAGACCGGUAUUUUGCAUCAUGAUCUCUUCCGCGGUGGUCGACAUAGGGGGGGCACAUUCGCUCUCUGUGUUGCCUUGAUCUUCAUUGAGGGCAUCAUGACCUUUGCCUUCUCCAUCUUCUAUCCUGUCAUGUCUGGCUUGUUCACGACAGAUGCAUUCGAGGUCGUUACGCGCUCACAGCCAUAUUUUGUUGCUGCACUCAUCUCCACUGUGGUCUGGGGAUAUUUCAGCUCUCGCUUGCGAACUAUCCGUUCGCCUAUGGUUGUCGGCUUCAUUAUUAUGACCGGAGGUCUGGUGGGAUGGACUACAAUUCAACCUGGCGACUCUAUCAGUGCGAUGGCGUUCGCUGGCCUCUCUGGCAUCGGGUUUGGUGGCCCGCUCAUCCUGGCCGUGACAGGUGCCCAGCUGGCGACACCUCACAGGCUCAUCGCCACGGCUACAGCCUGCACGACCUCUUCACGGGCGGUGGCUGCCGGAAUCUUUACCGCGAUUUUCGCCGCAACCUUCAAUAGUCGGAUGAGCUCUAACUUGCCAAAGUACAUUGCACGCACUGCCGAAGCUGCUGGCUUGCCUACCGACUCCAUUCCGGAGUUCACGCAGGCGUUGAUUUCGAACAAUUCCACCGCGUUAAGGGGGAUUCCGGGCGUUGGACCUGAAGUUGUUGCCCUGGCUACACAGGCUAUCAAACAAGCAACCGCCGAUUCUGUUCGAAUUGUCUUCAUCAUCGCGGUCCCUUUUGGAGUAUUGGGUACAAUAGUAUCCUUGUUCUUGGGCGACUUGAAGAAGACAAUGAACUAUCGAGUUGACGCCCCGGUUGAAGAAUUGCAUGCCAAGCAUGCAUACCCAAAUGAAACUGCAGAGCGUGUGUGA